CUCUCUCCUUCAUUUUUUCACACCUAAACUUUCCCCUGUUUGAUUCAUUGUUUUUACAUGACAUGAAACCAUCUUCACCUUCGUCGUCAUCUUCUUCUUCUUCAUCUUAAUUUUUUUCUGUACCAGCCAUGGAAACACCAUCCUCAAAGCUUAUUUCUUUCCUUCUCAUACUGCUGACCCUUCUUCUACCUCUUCCCUCAGCUCUGGCUCUGGACUUCGUCUUCAAUGGCUUCAACGACUCAAGCAAGCUUCUUCUCUUUGGAAACGCCACCGUCGAUUCCCACAUUCUAACGCUAACAAACGAUACCCACUUCUCCAUCGGCAGAGCCCUCUUUCACUUAAAGGUCCCCACCAAACGACCCAACUCCUCUUUCGUCCUCCCUUUCUCCACCUCCUUCAUCUUCUCCAUGGCUCCUUAUAAGAACGUUCUUCCCGGGCACGGCUUGGUUUUCAUCUUCGUCCCCUCUACUGGCCUCGACGGCGCCGUCGCGGUUCAGCACCUGGGUUUCCUAAACCGCACCAACGAAGGUAGUGUCGAUAACCACGUGUUUGGGGUCGAGUUCGACGUGUUUAAGAACGAGGAAUUCAAUGACAUAAACGACAACCACGUUGGGAUCGAUGUAAACGCGCUUAAAUCCAAGAAAGACCACGAAGCUGGGUACUGGCCAGACGACAGUGAUGGUAAGACUGAAACGUUUUUCAAGACACUGAAUCUCAAUAGUGGAGAAAAUUACCAAGUUUGGAUUGAUUAUAAUGAUUCUUUGAUUAGUGUUAGUAUGGUUCUAGCUGGGAUGAAGAGGCCUAGAUUUCCUCUGUUAAACUUUACGUACAAUCUCUCUGAGGUUUUUGAGGAUGAAAUGUAUAUUGGGUUCACAAGCUCAACUGGGCAGUUAGUACAGAGCCAUAAGAUUCUAGCUUGGCGUUUUAGCAACACCAACUUUUCGUUGGGCGAGAGUUUAAUCACCACGGGUUUGCCUUCUUUCGUUCUUCCAAAAGAUCCUAUUUUUAAGUCAAAAGGUUUCAUUUUGGGAACCACUGCGGGGGGUUUCUUGGCAAUUGUUGUUUUUGCUGUGUUGGCCAUGUGUUUGAUAAAAAGACAGAGACGAAGAGCGAGGGAAAGAGCAGAAAUGGAGGACUGGGAAUUGGAAUACUGGCCACACAGAAUCACAUACCAUGAAAUAGAGAACGCAACGAAGGGAUUCGAUGAAGCUAAUGUGAUUGGAAUAGGAGGGAACGGGAAAGUGUACAAGGGUAUUCUUUCACCAGGAAAAGUAGAAGUGGCUGUAAAACGCAUGUCUCAUGAGAACGACGGGCUGAGGGAGUUCUUGGCUGAAGUUUCAAGCCUUGGAAGGUUGAAACACAGAAACGUAGUGGGGUUGAGAGGUUGGUGCAAGAGAGAGAGGGGAGUGUUCAUGUUGGUUUAUGAUUACAUGGAGAAUGGAAGCUUAGACAAGAGGGUAUUCGAGGGUGAUGAUGAGAGCAAGUUGUUGGGUUGCGAGGACAGAAUCAGAAUACUUAAAGACGUAGCUUCAGGAGUAUUGUACUUGCAUGAAGGUUGGGAAUCCAAAGUUCUACACAGGGACAUAAAGUCCAGCAAUGUGUUACUAGACAAGGAAAUGAAUGGAAGGUUAGGUGACUUUGGUUUAGCCAGGAUGCAUGGGCAUGGUCAGGUGCCUAGCACCACCCGUGUGGUUGGGACAGUAGGGUACAUGGCUCCGGAAGUGGUCAAGAACGGUCGAGCUUCGACUCAAACAGAUGUGUUCUGUUUUGGGGUCUUGAUUUUGGAGGUGAUGUGUGGGAGGAGACCUAUAGAGGAUGGGAAAGUGCCCUUAGUGGAGUGGGUUUGGAACAUGAUGGCCCAAGGGGAAUUAUGGACUUGUCUUGAUGAGAGGUUAAGGGCAAAAGGUGAGUUUGACCAAGAAGAAGUGGAGAGAGUGUUGCAAUUGGGAUUGUUAUGUGCUUAUCCGGAACCAACUUCCAGACCUACUAUGAGACAUGUUGUGAAAUUGUUAGAGGGAAAAAAUGAGGUCAACGAUGCUGAAACAGAAGAUAUGGAUGCGUAUUUGAUCAAGAAGAUGCAAAAGGGUAAGUUUUGGAAUGAGUUUCCACAGAGUUUUGGAAUUGGUUCACACCCCACUUUUGAAGAUAUGAAGGACUCCUUGUCUUGUUCAUUGUCUCUGUCUUGGUCCAAUACCAUAGCGGAUAGUAGGUGAAUCUCCACUAUGAAUAUAUGUCCCAAAUUUUGAUUGUAUAUUCACUGUCAGGACAGGAAUGCUUGCAUAUGGAAAAAGACUACCAUUUAUUAGUGUGUAAAAAAAACAUACGAUAUAGUCCAAAAACAGAGAAGAGAUUUUGCCCUCCCUCCCUCCUAUUCCUUCACAUUAGGUCUCCGAGAGGAGCACUAUUUGUUUUUUCUUUCUUAAAUCUCGUAGUGUUGAAAUGUAUUGUGUACAUAUAAAUAUAUUUUAUCAUACUUUUACGGGUAGGUGGCCAUUUGGUACCGAGUAUUUUUGCAAAGUAUCAUUUUGGUACUUUCUGUUUUCAAUAACGCUCAUAUGGUAUUCUGUAUUUUAAAAUCAUAUAUAUUUGGUACCCUAAACUCAAAUUUAAUUAAUAAAAUUUUAGCAAUUUAAUCAAACUGCUAAGUUCCAAAUUUAAAUUUAAUUACUUAAUUACAUAUAACUGAUGACAGUUUGAUCAUAUUGAUAAAAAAAUUUAUAUCAAAUUUGAGUCUAGGGUAUCAAAUAUGUAUAAUUUUAAAAUACAGGAUAUUAUAUGAGCAUUAUUGAAAACAGAGAAUACUAAAAUAAUAUUUUGCAAAAAUAUAAGAUAAGUAAAUUCCCUACUUUUACUCAUAUAAUAUCGAUAUAGAAAGAAUGAUAUUUAGUUGUGGUUACAUCAUGUGAUUGCUCAUAUUCAGUAAAGUUUCUUCAAUUAUAAGAGAUA